AUGAGCACGGGUGACUUUUUGACGAAGGGAAUUGAGCUCAUUCAGAAGGCUAUUGAUUUGGAUACUGCAACACAGUAUGAGGAAGCUUAUACAUCGUACUAUAAUGGCCUUGAUUAUUUGAUGCUGGCGUUGAAGUAUGAGAAAAACCCAAAGUCCAAGGAAUUGAUCAGAGCAAAGUUUACAGAAUAUUUGAAUAGGGCAGAACAGUUGAAGAAACAUUUAGAGACUGAAGAGGAGAGUAAAAAGGUCAGUGGUGGUACCAGUGGCAACAGCAGUAGUAAUGGCGGUGAUGGCGCAAAGAAAGUCUCGAAUGAUGACGAAUCUGAUGAGAGUAAGAAACUAAGAGGUGCCCUAUCUGGGGCUAUCUUGACAGAAAAACCUAACGUCAAGUGGGAAGAUAUCGCAGGUUUAGAAGGUGCCAAAGAAGCUCUUAAAGAAGCUGUGAUACUUCCCGUGAAAUUCCCACAUCUUUUCAAGGGUAAUCGUAAGCCAACAUCCGGUAUUUUGCUCUAUGGGCCACCUGGUACAGGUAAAUCCUAUCUGGCGAAAGCAGUUGCUACUGAAGCGAAUUCAACCUUUUUCAGUAUUAGUUCAAGUGACUUAGUUUCGAAAUGGAUGGGUGAGUCGGAAAGGCUCGUUAAGCAGUUGUUUGCCAUGGCGAGGGAGAAUAAGCCCUCGAUUAUUUUCAUCGAUGAAGUUGAUGCAUUAACUGGCCAAAGAGGUGAAGGUGAAAGUGAGGCAAGUAGAAGAAUAAAAACCGAAUUACUGGUACAAAUGAAUGGUGUUGGUAGUGAUUCAGAGGGUGUUCUAGUAUUAGGAGCUACCAAUAUUCCCUGGCAACUGGAUAGUGCCAUCAGAAGAAGAUUUGAGAAGAGAAUUUAUAUACCGUUACCAGAUCUUGCCGCUAGAACAAAAAUGUUUGAAAUUAAUGUCGGAGAGACUCCUUGCUCGCUAUCAAAGGAAGAGUAUAGAACUCUAGGUCAAAUGACGGAGGGGUAUUCCGGUAGUGAUAUUGCUGUGGCUGUAAAAGAUGCUUUAAUGCAACCGAUAAGAAAGAUCCAAAUGGCAACGCACUUCAAGAAUGUAUCCCAGGACUCAACUGUGAAAAAAUUGACACCCUGCUCUCCAGGUGAUAAAAACGCCGUCGAAUUGAGCUGGACAACCAUUGAGGCUGACGAACUGCAAGAACCAGAGUUAACAAUUAAAGAUUUUUUGAAGGCAAUCAAGACAACCCGGCCAACAGUCAAUGAACAAGAUCUCCUCAAACAAGAAGAAUUUACCAAUGAUUUCGGCCAAGAGGGCAAUUGA